AUGCUCUUCCUUUUCCAUGUGUUAAGUUAUACUUUUGUGUUUCAGGUCAACAUCAGACCAAUUGGCGAAUUGGCUCCGGGUGUGCUGCCUCUUUCUGCGGGUAAAUCUGGCCCUAUUCUUUCUUGUCCUUUUGGGGCUUCAAUUCAGCGGCCCUCUACAACACCAGCAAUUCUGCCGCCUCUGCUCCCUCCACCUCUUAUGCCUCCCUCAAUGCUCGUAUCUUCAGGCCGAUCGUCUAGUCCCGCUGUAGCAUCUCCUCUUUUUGCCCGUAAAAAUAGCUCUCAACUGGCGGUGCCUGGUGGAACAGUGCGCGCCCGACCAUCGACUUCGCUCGGCCUCCAGUUGAGUCAAAGGCGGACAAAAAGCGAAGAAAACAAAGAAACCGGUGCGUUGAUCCACAUGUCAUUCUGUUAA